AUGAUUACCGGGAUCUCCCCUUUGGCGCGCGUCCUGUCCCGCUUUCUGCUCUUCUCCACCAUCAUUCUGGCUCUCAGCGUGGUUCUAAAGGCCCGCUCCCGCCUCUCCCUCUUAUACCCCUCCUUCAGCACCCCUCCUCCCACAUACCACACCACCAUGUCCUACACACAAGAACGUCACAUUGCCGAAUUGGCCGUCCAGCGUGCCUCCAUCCUUACCCAGAAGGUCUUCUUCGAAAAGGCUAAGGGUACCGUUUCUAAGGAUGACAAGUCCCCCGUCACCAUUGGCGACUUCGGCGCCCAAGCCCUGAUCAUUCAGGCCAUUCGCAAGAACUUCCCUAACGAUGAGAUUGUCGCCGAGGAGGAGGCUAGCUCUCUCCGUGAGGACAAGGCCCUUAGCGCUGAGAUCUGGCGUUUGGUUAAGGACAUCAAGCUGGACGAUGCCGAGAGCGAUAACAUCCUGGGUGGACCUCUGGCCAGCGAGGAGAGCAUGUUGGACAUCAUUGAUGAGGGCAAGAGCGCUGGUGGUGCCAAGGGCCGCGUCUGGGCUCUGGACCCCAUCGAUGGUACCAAAGGUUUCCUGCGUGGUGGCCAGUACGCUGUGUGUCUCGGUCUGAUCGUUGACGGAGAUGUUAAGGUCGGUGCUAUCGGUACCCCUAACCUCCCCGUUGAUGAUGCCGCCACCAUCGACGCCAGCACCGGUGCCCAGCAGGCUGACACCUCCGCUAACGGUGUUCUCUUCUCUGCUAUCCUGGGUGAGGGCGCCACCAGCCGUCCCCUUGCCACCGGUGCUCUCGCUGCCGCUAAGCCUAUCUCCAUGCGUCCUGUCGCCGAUAUCGCACAGGCUGUCUUUUGUGAGGGCGUUGAGGCUGGUCACUCCGCCCAGGGUGAUAAUGCCGCUGUUGCUCAGCUUCUGGGCAUCACUGCCCCAAGUGUCCGUCUGGACUCCCAGGCCAAGUACUGCUCCAUUGCUCGUGGUGCCGGUGACAUCUACCUCCGUCUGCCCGUCAAGAAGGACUACCAGGAGAAGAUCUGGGAUCACGCUGCUGGUGACCUCAUUGUCCGUGAGGCCGGUGGUCAGGUUACUGAUAUCUAUGGCAACCGCUUGGACUUCAGCAAGGGCCGGACCUUGGCUGCUAACAAGGGUGUUGUCGCUGCCCCCGCGGCCUUCCAGGACCAGGUCAUUGGCGCUGUCAAGACUGUUCUGAAGCUGUAG